AUGAGCGAACAUGGUCAAGAGCCUCAGCAAAAUCCAACAUUUGUGCAGUCAGCAACACCUGCACCAGCCCUAACAGUCAUGGAAGCAUCUGCUAACGAGUCCCACAAGGCUAAGUCAUCUGAUAGCAUUGAUCAAGAUAAGAUAGAGGCGCUGGAAGCCAGACUCAAAGCCAUUGAAGGGAUAGACUUAUAUGACCCGGUACGAGCGGCAGAGAUGUGUUUGGUCCCAAACGUAGUUGUCCCGAAGAAGUUUCGUGUUCCUGAGUUCAUCAAAUACAGUGGAACACAAUGCCCCAUGACUCAUCUCAGGUCCUACUGUAAUAAAAUGGCAGAGGUAGUACAUGAUGAAAAACUACUAAUGCAUUUUUUUCAAGAUAGCUUAAGUGGAGCAACAUUGAGCUGGUACAUGAGAUUGCACAACACAAAGAUCCGGAGAUGGAAGGAUCUGGUGGAUGCUUUUGUCAAACAAUAUAAGUACAACAUAGACAUAGCUCCCGACAGAACCAGUUUGUCAAAUCUGGAGAAAAGAGAUAAAGAAAGCGUAAGGGAAUAUGCUCAAAGAUGGCGAGAAUCAGCAGCUCAAGUACAUCCUCCACUUCUGGACAAAGAGAUGGUAUCUUUGUUUUCCGACACACUCAAGGCACCCUAUUACGAACAUGUGAUGGGUAGUUCAGCCCAACAAUUCACUGACGUUGUGGUAGUGUGUGAACGCAUAGAGCAAGGCGUCAAGAGUGGUAGAAUUUAUGUACCUACCGAAAAAAGAGGUUUCGAGAGAAAGGAGGUCCACCAUGUUAAAGAUGGUUACGGGGGUAGGAAAAAAUCAUCCCAAAACUACCACACUCCAUCCCAGAAUACCAACAUCAAACCUGAGCCCCAUAACUUUCAAGCCAAAAGCCAAAUUGGAAAUUACCAAAGGGUUCAAGAACAACUACCUCCAUUGCCGCUACCCUUGAAUGAGAUGUAUCAAAAACUAUUGAGCAUCGGACAUAUAGCUCCAGAACCUCUGCCACCUAUGCAACCACCUUAUCCUAAUUGGUAUAAGCCAGAGCUUAAUUGUGAAUACCAUGCUGGAAUUGCUGGGCAUAGCAUCCAUUCCUGCAACGUCUUCAAGAGAAAGCUUCUGCAAUUAAUCACGGCCGGAUGGAUAGAAUUUGAAGACACUCCUAAGGUGAAUACAAAUCAUCUACCGAAUCAUGUUGGAAGUAGUGGAUUAGAAAAACACUAG